AUGACCAUUACCAGUACUGGUCCCUGGCCCUCGUACGAGGCUGCAUUUGAAGCAUGGCUCAAGCAAGCUCUGAAGAAAACCGACGAGAAUUCUUAUAUCCGGGGCUGGCAUGAGAAUGGCGUCCGGGACCGACUGGAGGCCUUUAUAGAGCGAGGGCUCCCGGAAUCUUUCAAGCAGCUUGAAUCGCGCGACGACAAGGCAAUAAUCCACGCAGACUUUACACCCAACAACCUGUUAUUCGACAUUUCCUCAGGUCGCAUCACAGGAUUAAUUGACUACGACUUUUCGUGCGUUCUCCAUCCUUCACACGAGUUCCUUUGCUCCUUUGGUGGGGUUGGGGGCAAGUUUGGGGGCUGGCCCGGUAUUGAGGCCCGUGAAGAAAGGGCCCUCAAGGAAGCCAAGUUACACGGCUUCCCAGACCCUCUUCCCGAUGACCAGCAAGGCAGCGAGGGAGUGCAGUGGAAAGUUGCUAAGGCCUGGGAAGACGCUCUUCAGAACGAGGGUUGCAAGCGCCCGAUGACAAUCUCAGGGAUUGACAUUGUCGCCGAUGUCGAUGCCCUGCUUAGUUCUAUCCUGCCCGGCGCGUGA